GUCAAUAAUGUUUUCGAAACCAGAAAAACGAGCAAACUGGGAAGAGUCAUUUAACGAGGCCAAACAAAAACUCGUCCUGUCCACGGACCGGAGACCGAAUGCUGAUUUCGUUGGCCCGGUACCCAUACGAAAGACUCGGGCUGGCUUGCAGUUUACGUGUGCAGCGCCGGCAUUGAACCAAAGAGACGUGUGGGUCUGCAACAGUGACGGGUACGUUGGCCAAGUGUGCGUGCUGAGUCUCUACCCCGAGCCGACGGUCACUUCGUGUAACGGCGUUUGUAACGCACGCAUAUUGUGUGUCACCUCGAUACCGGCACCGCAGCGCAUCGAUCAAGCCAACAGUGCCGACAAGGACGACCAGAGCAGUAAUCCAGAGAUCAGCAUAUCGAUCGAAGACUGUGCUGAGCAGACCGGGCCGGACAUCAAAUUGGACAGCUCGUCGAGUGAAGAGGAUGACGACAAGGACGCUGGUCACGAUCGCGUCCCUGACGGAAUGUACCCCACAGACCCUGUGGACUUCGAAGGUGAGCCAACCAUGUGGCUGGGUACAGAGGACGGAUGCAUACACGUGUACAAUUCGAUGGACAACAUUCGCAUAAAACGAAAUAAAGUUAAAAUUCAACACGGGUCUGCGGUGCAUUGUAUCAUAUAUCUCAACAAUCGCGUUUAUGUUUCAUUAGCAAAUGGCGAUAUUUGCAUCUACUACCCAGACACGAACGGUAGUUGGAAUACAUCGGAUCCGGUGACCAUCAACGUUGGUUCAGCUGCCAUCCCGGUUUCCAAAAUGUUGCCUGUUGGUGAUAAGCUCUGGUGUUCAUGUCACAAUACUGUUAAGAUAUUUGACACGGUCACGUUACAAUUUCAACAUUCUUUCGUGAUCGGUGGUGACUCGAACCGAUCGAUCACCAACUUGGUCGUGUCGGGAAUGGGCGUGUGGCUGUCUCUGCAGAACUCGGCCGUGCUCCGGCUCGUCCACUCGGUCACGUGCGAAAUUCUGGCCGAAGUAAACACGGCACCGGCCGUCACUAAAAUGCUGUCGAGCUGCGACGACAUCAUAAGGCAACACAAAGCGGCGUGUCUUAGAGUGACGUCGCUGUUGGCGGUCAAAGACCUAUUGUGGAUCGGCACCAGCGCGGGCGUCGUCUUGACCAUGUCCAUACCGGCUGUGGUCGCGAACACCGGCAAACUCGUCACACUCCCUGUUCCUAUUGGUUAGUUAUUACUAAGUAUAUGUAUAAGACAUUAUCAAACAUGCAUCGAUGUUAUCUCUAAAGUAUGUGUGUGCUGUGUGGGGAGGGAAUGGAAUGGAAAAGUCUUAUAGGAUCAUCUCGUAGAAAAUGGUCGACAUUAAAAAGGGCACGGAAUUUAUUUUUGUUAGACAGUAAUUACAGUAUAAUAAGUUUGUU